UGGACUCCCGAAGAAUUCAAUGCAGGUCGACGCCUUGUCAGCUUCUGGCGUAAUAUUGGCAACAAUGUAGUCACCUGUGGUUUCAGCCUUAUCGAAUCGUGGGCUGAUGACAAUGAUGACACUCUUACCAUAUCGUGUAUAUAUUGGCAAGAACAAGAUGCAUUCUAUUACACGUCUGUAGACUGUAUUCGUUUACUGGAGUAUCUUGUUGACGGAGAAUUCACUCAACAAGAAAAGAAUCGUGUCCGGCGUAACCUGGAAGAGUUUCAUCCUCUGACACUUGGAAAAACCAAAUCAGAAACAAGCCGAUUUUUUCGUAUGAUCAUGGGGUAUCCUGGCCCUAGACCACGAAAUAUUGAAAAAGACCUUAAAGUCUUUCCUUGGGAUACUCUCGAAGAAGCCCUUCGUAAGAUCAUUAUUCAUUAUACAGCCAGUUACAGUAGCACCGCUACUGUACACCAAUCUACCCACCGAUCCAACACUUAA